AUGGGCCUCCUCUCAGGCGGCCCUUCCUCGGAUGGCCUCCUUUCUGGGAGCCACUUCUCUGACGGCCCCCUCUCAGGCAGCCGCUUCUCAGAAGGCCUCCUCUCAGGCGGCCCCUCCUCGGCCUCCUUUCCGGACUGUUUGGAGGCCUUCUCGGCGCAGCCUGAGGCCUCCCCUCGGGGCCCCUCCUCGGUGGGCCCCCCUCGGAGCCCUUUUUGGAGGGCCUCCUCUCGCGUCGCCUUUCGGAUGGCCUCCCUCCGGGUGGUCCUCUCGUGGGCCUCCUUCCCAGGGCCUCCUCUCUGGCGGGUGGGCCUCCGGGGCCUUUCUCAGCUGGGUCUCGGACGGCCUCCCUCCCGGGGCCCCCGCCCAACGUCCUCUCUGGCCGCUUUCGUGGCUUCUCCAGGGGCCCCCCUCGGGCCUCCUCUCAGGUGGCCCCUGCCUCAGAUGGCCUCCUCCGCCGGGCUUCUCCGGGAGUCUCCCUCUCAGGUGGCCCCACCUCGGACGGCCUCCUCUCUGGGGGCCGCUUCUCAGAUGGCUUCCUCUCGGGGCGCCCUCCUCGAGGCCUCCUCUCGGGGCCCCCUCCAAUGGCCUCCUCUCGGGGUCGCUUCUCGACUCUUCUCUGGGGCCCCCCUUUCGGGAGGCCUCCUCUCGGGGCCCCCCUCAGAGGCCUCCUCUGGGGCCCCCUCAGAUGGCCUCCCUCUGGCGCCCCUUCUCCGGGGUCUCCUCUCAGGGCCCCCCAGGGGCCUCCUCUCUGGGGGCCCCUUCUCAGUGGCUUCCUUAGGGGCACCUCGGACGGCCUCCUCUCAGGUGGCCCUGCCUCAGAUGGCCUCCUCUCUGGCAGUCGCUUCUCCGACAGUCUCCUCUCGGGGGGGCCCACCUCGGACGGCCUCCUCUCAGGUGGCCCUGCCUCAGAUGGCCUCCUCUCUGGGCUUCCGGGAGGGUUCCUCUCGGGGGCCCCCUCGGAAGGCCUCCUUAGGUUUCUCGGGCCCCUCCCGAGGGCCCCUCCGGGUGGCCCCUCAGGGGCCUCCUCUUGGACCCUUUCGGCGGGUUCCUCUCCGGCCCCCCCCUGGGGCCUCCUGGGUGGCCCUGCCUCCGAUGGCCUCCUUUGGGGCAGCUUCUCCGGGGUCUCCUCUGGGGGCCCCCUCGGGCCCCUUCUCGGUGCCCCUCGGAGGCCUCCUCUUGGAGGGGUUUCAACGGGUUUUUGGGGGCCACCCUGGACGGCCUCCCUCUCGGGGUUCAGAUGGUUUUCCGGGGGGGCCCUCCUUUUAG